AUGAAUAGUUCUGCCCCAGUAGUUGGUUCAUAUACAGUUUCACAAUUUGCUACGUUGGUUGCUCAGAUGAUGAGUGAGAUACAGAAUACCGUUUCUGCUGUUAGAUCUGAAGAUGUAGAUCGACAUCUACAAAUGUUUCUUAGAUUGAAUCCUCCGAGAUUUGAGGAUUGGUUGAUGAGGUUCGAAAAAACAUUUGACGGUAUGCAAUGCCCUUCCGAUAGGAAGGUACUGUUAGCAGUUUUUCUGUUGGAAGAUGAAGCGGAGCGCUGGUGGAUGGGCCAGCAGGAGGAGAAAUUCCAAGGUAAACGGAACUCUCUGAUUACAUGGGAAGAACUUUCUGAAGUAUUUAGAUCUUGGUUUAUACCCCCUUCUGCAAGACAACAAAUGCAGGAGAUAUUUUUGAGAUUGGUUCAGGGGAGCAAGACAGUUAUGCAGUACAAGGUUGAGUUUACUGUGUUAGGCAUAUAUGCUCCAUAG